UGGCAAAGCAGUGACGCUAGGACCAACGAGAAUGCACUGUUUUUUUGAAGAAAAAAAAACUGUCCAGCAAAAAAAAAAAGGGUUGAAUAUUCGCUCAUGUAGCCCAUGGGCUGGCAGGCAGCGGCCCAGGAGGGCAGACCUGGCCACUGCCACAAACACAACCCACCACCGUCACCACUCCACUUCGUCCUCUCCUCCUCCCUCCUUCGCUUCUCCGACGCCUGCAGCGCAGCGCACAAAUACCACCACAGGUUGCUUCUCGGCUGCCGGCGCAUUUCCUCCUUCUCCCCUAACCUCCCUGCACCCGUCCUGCAGCAGCGGAGCCUCGACAUGGAUGCGCCCGCGCCCGGCUAUGGCCUCGGACUCGGAGUCGGAGGGAGCAAGCAGGGCGCCGACGAGGAGGACGCCGCCGCAGAGGAAAGGUUUGAUCCGGCCAACUUUCUGGUCGACUAUGAGGAGGAUGAGAUCCUUGGGGAUCCUAACGAGGAGCAACCGAUGUUUGUUGAUGGGGUCUAUGAUGUAGCUCAAGUUAAUAACUUUAUUGAAACGAAUGAGUGGAACUUGCUUGAGGAACACCUCGUGAGUGCAAUGCCUAGAUCUCAGCGGAAUGCCCACCCGUCUCUCGUUCAUCCCACGCCCUUCAUCACCAUAUGGAGACGCCGGGUGAUGGAUCUGAUUGGUGGAGGGAGGUACGAUGAAGCAGCACAGAUCUUUGUUGAUAAGGUUGUGCCACUGAAAACUGUUGUUACCGCCUAUGCUGAUGCUGAUAAGCUGUCCGAGGAGAUAGCCCAGAUUGAGAGAAGUGUCGGCUCGAGGACAAGCUUUGCUCAUGCCCACUGUGGGACAGAGCUUAUGAUGAAGCUCAUCAACGAUUACAUGCGGCUUUAUCUGCCAGAUGUCAUUGGUCACCGGUGUCCGAAAGGGAAGCAGUCUGCAUUGUGGGAGUUUGCUCUGAGUUUGAGCGUGCCGGUUCGUGGACUCAAAAAACACCCACAUGUCCGGUGCCUAGUCUGCAGUGUGACGGACUUCAAGGGAUGCAAGAUCGGAGUGGACAUGACGGAGCACCUGCAGGUGUGCCCUGGCAUGACUCCAGAGGCGGAGAGGCGCUACCGCGAUGCACUCAGGAAAGGUGGGAGCAAGAAGAAGAGGUACCUCGCCAACGUCGUCGACGUCAGCGUCUCAAAGGCUCCCAAGCUGACUGCGAACCUUCCAAGUCAUACUCUUCACAUCAUACACCAGAAGGUGCAAGACGGAAGACAAGUGCUGGAUACCAUGAGGAGCAAUCAACAAGCAGAUGUCAACUUAGGGAUCAAUUCGCUUGACGGAAUCCUGGAAAGCAUUGGGGGCCUUGUCGCCUUGGCAAUGCAAGGUCAAGCUGCCGCACCUCCUCCACAAGCGCAACAGCCUAUUCCUGCUCAGGCCGUCAUCGCUGUCGCCGUGCCAGUGCCACUCCAAGCGCCUGCCCCUGCUGCAGCUAACCCUCCGGCGCCUGCCCCUGCUCCUCCUGCGCACCAAGAUGUUCCGGCGCCGCCUCCUGCUCUGCAAGGCGCACCCCAAGAUGCUCCGGCGCCGCCUCCUGCUCUGCAAGGCGCACCCCAAGAUGCUCCGGCGCCUCCUCCUGCUCUACAAGGCGCACCCCAAGAUGCUCCGGCGCUCCCUCCUGCUAUACAACUACAAGGCCUACCCCAAGAUGCUCCGGUGCCUCCUGCUGCUCUGCAAGGCGCGGUCGUGCCUCCUCCGCCGCCCGCUCCUGCACCUGAAGACGGUGUGCCUGAUUAUUACUCGGCGUUUGACUAUAGCGAAUUCCUCCCCGAGCUGCCGGAGCUGUAGCAGUGCUUAUGCUUCGGGUCAAGCGCCUGCUAUGCAGCCGUGGACUUGUUCGAUUGAGAAGACUCACGAUGGUCAUGGAUGAUUCCUCUGCUAACUUUCAACAAUAAACAGCUAUUGUCUGCUAUUCUAAUCUGAAACUAGUUAGUUACGAAUGAUCAAUAUAUCUGCUAAGGUCUCCUGGUUGUA